GACAAAGAAUCAUAUCUAAAGGAGACACUACAUAGUUUUUAGGUUGAACCUGCUUAAAUUCUAUUUCAUUGUAGUGUCUAGCAUUGUGAUAAAUACAACAAUAAAAACAUGGUUAUUUCUGGAAAUAAUGCCUUAUUUUGUCACAUGUUCUUUUCUUUAAAGAAUUCAUUAUUUCUUACAAUCAAACUAUAGACCUAUUAUGUCAAACCAUACGUUUUCUGAUAUGUUUUCUGAAGCCGAACAAAAUAAACUUCAAUCGUUCCUAACUGACCUUGAGCAAGAUCAUUCCUCACAACACCAGAACAUUGCGGAAUCCUCAACAUCCAAAAAACGAAAAGACCACAAACGGAAAACUCCCUAUGAUAGGAAAUCAAAUUCGCCGGAAGAGGAAUCUGCUUCAAGAAGGACAGGGAGAGCAAGGAAGCAAGCGCAUGAAUUACUUUCUGAAGAUCAAAAAAAAGCAAACCAUAUUGCCUCUGAACAAAAAAGGAGAGCAAACAUCAAAAUUGGAUUUGAUCAGCUAGUUGAUAUGGUUCCUACUCUGGAUGGCAGCCAUCGGAGUGAAUCAUUAGUCCUGCAGAAAUGUAAAAGACUAAAUCAAUUUCUCUUUAAUCAUUCUAAUCUUUGAUAUUAGCUGUUGAUUAUAUUCGUGAUUUAGUGAAAGACAAGGAUGGUUUAAAAGAAAGGGUCAGAGAACUCCAAGCAUUGCUGGGCGAGCUACCCGAUGAAGAUAGUUCAGAAGAUGACAUAGAACAUUUUCGGUGAUAUGAUAUGAUGUCUAUUAUGAAGCCAGGGUUACCGUUGCCCUAAAUUAAUAAAAAAAAAAUUUUUUUUUUGGAUUAAAU